AUGUCCACCGCCUUGCGCAGGAACACCGAAUCUGACAUUCCAAUGACCAAAUUUGAGUGGCAUUUCAUCACAUGGAGAGAAAUGGAGGAGCUCACCGAAGAGCGGCUUUGGGAUUCAUGGGCGAAGCCGAAGACCUUUCAGAGCCUCCCUCCAGCUCAAGAGACCCGGCACAGACUCAACGACAAAGUUUUGUGGAUGGGAGAUGGGACUUCUUCUUUGAAGUUCACCUUGGUUAACCACGAGAACUUGAAGCACAAGCCCAGCUGGCGCAUGUACCAAUCUGUUCGAUCAGCUGAUGCUUUUGUGGUUCGUCCCACAGGUGUCCCUGAGGGUACCUUGUGCUUUGAGUUUACCUGGCUGAGGGAGAAGAAGGAGAUGAAGGUGAGCGUACCUACCUCUGGCCAAGAGAUUGGCAAGAUUCCUGGCAGAUGGGGUCCACGCACAGUCUUCCACAAGGUGAUGGAUGCAUUUCUUGGCUUCUGUGAUUUGAGCAGCGGCAAUCCGUCCAUGAUCCUUGGGUCAUGCCAAAUUGCAGCUGUGAAGGAAGACACCGUGAUUGGACCAGAGAUGAGGAAGCUAACCCUUGAAGAACUCUGGGGUGAUUUUGGCAGCUCCGGAGAUGUAGAGGGCAGCAGUGAUGAAGACGCAAGGCUUGCGCAACAGAUGAGUCGGGGAAAUGGCCUGCCUCGGGGACUUCCUCAUGAGACGCAGCAGCGACCCAAGCAGAAGGUGCAAAACAAGAUGAAGAAGCCAGCAUCGGCUGCGCACAUGAAGAAGCCUGCUCGCAAGGUCUAA